CAGACGCCCACCAACUACUUCAUCGUGAGCCUGGCGGCCGCCGACCUCCUCCUCGCACUCCUCGUACUGCCGCUCUUCGUCUACUCCGAGGUAAGCCUGCGUCCCCGCCUGCUCCUGCGGGACGGUCCCGUCCCUGUCCCCGCUGAGCCCCUUAGCACCCAGGUCGCCUCUUUGAUCAGGAAUAUCGAGUGGCAGCAGACGGUGGCAGGGGCGCCUGACCUGCUCGCCCCCUGGUCCUCAGCUGUCCUCGGGCCCCUGGAGUCUCUGCUCCUUUUGCUGUCAGUCCCCCUGUGUCUCUCUUCUCCCCUCCCCCUCUCCACUUGCCUUGGCUUCUGCCACCCAGAGGCCCCUGUCUUUGGAGCCGGAGACUCCAGAAACUGGCGGCUUGGCCAAACCCCGCCCUCUCCGCAACCGGAUUCCCCUCCCCUACACUCGGAGGAGCCAGCCGGACAGACCACCAGAUGGGGGCUCAGCCCCGCGCAGUACCCCCAGGGCGCGCGCACACACCGCUGCCUAAGGCCAUCCACACCGCACCGGCGCCCUCCACGUGCGCUGGUGAACAAGGCCUGGGGUCCUCCAGGAGCAGUGAGCUGGACUGGACAGCGAAUCCAAGGGGAGGCCGGUGGGAGGGGCAGAACCCCUGUGAGAAACCCACACCCAGGAGCCUCUGCCGCAGGCCCGGCCAGUACCGCAAGGACACACGACCUCGGCUCCUCCUAGCUGCGGACGUCACGGUGCACGGCGGCACGUGGUUGCUGAGCCCCCGACUUUGCGACGCACUCAUGGCCAUGGACGUCAUGCUGUGCACCGCCUCCAUCUUCAACCUGUGCGCCAUCAGCGUGGACAGGUUCGUGGCCGUGACUGUGCCGCUGCGCUACCACCGUCAGGGCCGGCGCCAGCUGCUGCUCAUCGGUGCCACGUGGCUGCUCUCUGCAGCUGUGGCGGCGCCAGUACUGUGCGGCCUCAACGACGUGCGCGGGCGCGACCCUGCCGUGUGCCGCCUGGAGGACCGCGACUACGUGGUCUAUUCGUCCGUGUGCUCCUUCUUCUUGCCCUGCCCGCUCAUGCUGCUGCUCUACUGGGCCACGUUCCGCGGCCUCCGGCGCUGGGGAGCGGCCCGGCGAGCCAAGCUGCACGCCCGCGCGCCCCGCCGGCCCAGCGGCCCCGGCCCGCCACCUGCACCCAGCCUUCCCCCGGGACCCUGCGGGCCCGACUGUCCGGUGCCCGGGCCGGUCCUCCACCGGGUCUCCUGCGGACCCGGCUGCCCGCCUCUCGACGCCAUUCCUGAAGCAGAGCUCUCGCCCCAGCCCCUGACGCAGGCCCACCAAAGGCGUGCCAAGAUCACCAGCCGAGAGCGCAAGGCCAUGAGGGUCCUGCCGGUGGUGGUUGGGGCCUUCCUGGUAUGCUGGACGCCCUUCUUCGUGGUGCACAUUACAGGGGCACUGUGUCGCGCUUGCUUCGUGCCCCCGCGCCUGGUCAGCGCUGUCACCUGGCUGGGCUAUGUCAACAGCGCUCUCAACCCGCUCAUCUACACUGUCUUCAACACCGAGUUCCGCUCGGUGUUCCGCAAGGCACUGCGCCCUAGCUGCAGAGCCCCGGGGCCCUGCUGUGCUUCUGAUUAAACAAAUUCCUUCCGGA